ACGGAUAUGUCCAUGCAAGGAAAAUGAUAAUAACGAAAUGUUUUUCGUUGGCAUAUUUAAUAUAGUAACACAUUGAAGUUAAAGGAACUUUCUUUUUUAAAUCAACAUUUUGGUCAGACGAUAAAAUGACUUGAAAAUGAAGAACGGAUGUCUCGAUUUAUCAGAGGCCAAAAUUGCGGAGCGCAAUGAACGUGCCAAGAAACUUUAUCGCUAUUUAAGUGAUGUAGCAAGACGUAUCAAUGACAUGUCGACUACAAGUAAAUUUGUGGCAGACCUCUUUACUACUAACAUUGAAGUCCAGAGACAAAAGCUGAGGGACAAUUGUGAGAAGUUACUGUUUCUAGAUCCAAUUAAUUACGGCAAGAAAGCACUUGAACUACUAUGGAGAAAAGUAUAUUAUGACACUAUAUCUACUGCCAAAAAGUUGAGAACUGAUAGUGAGCAUGACCAUUUCCUGUUCACCCUCAUCCAAUGUGGAAUUGGUAAUUUUCACCAUUUCUUAGAUAGAAUUCAUUAUGAAAUGAAAGUAGAUUUCAAGGAGUUAGAUUAUAUGCCCAAUACUGAAGAAGAUGAGUUGCAACUAUCUUCUGGUAAUGUUGAACUAUCAAAUUUUGGGAAAUCUGCUUUGCACUCAUGUUUGAUAUAUUUAGGGGAUUUAAGUCGCUAUGCAGUGGAAAUAUCAAAUCACUUUGAACCAACAAUUGCUGCUCGAUACUACUUACAAGCUGCUCAUACUGACUUUACAUUGGGAAUGCCUUAUAAUCAAUUAGGAAAUCUUUAUCUUGAAAAAAAUUAUAACUUGGAUUCUGUAUGUUUUUAUAUUCACUGUCUUAAUUCUAAAAAUCCCUUUGAAGGGGCCAUGGGUAAUCUUACAAAAAUAUUUGAGAAAAAUGAUCAGUUUUACCAUACAAUAAAUGAAUCAGAUACUUUAACUCAGGUUGAACAUAUACAAAAUACAAUUGUGAAUUUUCUUUCAUUAAUUGAGAUAUGGUACUUGAACAAAUCUGAUUCUGAUAUUCCUCAGCGCUGCAGCAAAAUCGCACAGCAGCUAAAGAUUUGUAUGGAGUUUAAUGAAGCCACACUUCCUGAUAUUGAUAAAAAUUAUGAUGAUUAUCUAUCAAUUUUGGAACAUGAAACCAAUUUUCCAUCUUAUUUAAAUCCAAAUCUAAUACAUCGUAUGGUUCUGGUUUGUUUAUUCACAGUCUCAAAAAUGACAGAAAUUGAUGAAACAAAAGCCUUUGCAUGCAAAGCUUUCACUCUUGCUCUUUUGUCUCAACUUUUGUUGAAAUUGCUUAAGCAAUUGGAUUCAAUUGGUUUUGUAAAUCCUAGGCAGAUUCAUAAUUAUGGAUCGUCAAAACCACACAAUGAACAAACAGAAAAAUAUGAGAACAAUAAUGAUGAAAAUAAAGAAAUUAUAGAAAGCACAGUGAACAAUGGCCACCAUGCAGAACAAGAAUUGGAGGAGCCGAAACAAAACAAUGUAAAAGAAAACAAUCUAAAUGGUCAUGCUAAGCAUGCAAAGAAAGCACUUAUGAAACGUCGUCGCCGUCGACGCAUUGCCUCUUCAGAAAGUUCUGAUGUGAGUGAUGCUAAUACUGAAAGCAGUGAUUUAGAUGAAAUUGAACAUUCAUAUAGCGACUUGUCAGAUUCCUCUGAUCAAUCUGUAUCACUUAGUGAAGCUAGCGAUUGUGAUGAAGUUAACGAUGAAACUAAAGAUGAAAGUAGUGAACAAUCUAAUGAAAAAGUAGAACCAAAUAGAAUAUUGAAUGAUGAUAUCACCUCAAAGAUUACAGGAACAAAUUCACUUAAUUCAUCAAAUUUAUUGAAUUGUAAUACAACAAAAUCUCAGCAAAUCAGCAAAGUAAACACUAUAGAAUUGAAAACUUUUUUACAAGGAAACAAUUUCAUGGCCAGUAUCAAGCUGUUGUUGGAUUGGAUUUUGAUUGAAAAAGAUUUAAUUCUUUCAUGUGGAGACAGCGGAGAGUCCUUGUUUCAAUGCGUUGUAGAUUUGUUAAAUAUUUUUACAUUUUAUUUCAAUACAAAAUCUGAUGAGGGGACUAAAGAAGAUUGUGAAUUAAUAAAGUACGUUAGAAAUUUAGUCAUGAAAAUGAAACUUGAAUACAAGACAAUACCCUUACCAGAAGAUAUAAAUUUACGGGGAACAAACAUUUGUAAAUUUGAUAAAGAUGCUGCUGAAUGGAAUAUCUUAGAAAAGUAUAAAUUAUCUGUUUAUGAAGAAAACGUAAUAAGGAUUCUUAACUUCAUAGAUUUUGGGAACCAGAUAGCUAAAAUUAUACCCAGAAUAAGAUUUAACAGGACUAUGAAAUUGUUUUAUUUAAAAAACAUUCACCCUCCUAAAUUGAAUACCAAAAUUAACCAUAAAAGAAGUAGAGAAUGGCAUUCAAAGAAAAAUACUGAGUCGAAUGAAAGUGGAUUGCUACGGCGUCUUGGUCGACUGUGGUUGACAUCACAAGUACGCGAGUUGGAACGCAGCGGACAGUCUGCUGCACCUGCAUUACUCGUACUUGACACCGCAGCUCUUAACAAACAUCUCCGUCGUGUCAAACAGCUCCUACUCACAACAAACUUUGUGCUCAUGGUGCCUACAGUUGUGCUACAAGAACUGGACAAUUUGAAGCGCGAGCAGAGCACAGCACGUAAAGCUAUCCGUUGGUUGGAACUUCAAUUAAAGAAUGGCUCAAGAUUUCUGCGAGCACAACGUCCGAACCAGUCAAAGCCCCUGCCGCUCUUGAAAUAUCCCCGUAAAGCUCCAGCCCAUAUUAAUAACUUUAUUCAGAUUUUAGAGUUCUGCAAUCAUUUCGUAGCGGAAGAUAAAAAGACGCAAGGAUCCGGUGAUGCUGAAAACGUUUUACAAGGGAAGUCUUCGUCCGUCCUUAUACUACUCGUUGGCAAUGCUGAUGAAGAUGAAGAACAGUAUAAAGAAUUUAGUGUUAUGGGCGCAGCGCAAUCGGCCGGCAUUUCCGUAGAAAACAUCGUAGAUUUCUACAGCAAAUGGCGACAGACAUCGCAUAAAAACGGUAAAAAGAGGUGAACGCGUGUCGAUCACGAGACCGGUUUUGAUCACUAUGGAAAGAAUGGACUUCGAGGAUAUCGAUAAAACGUCAAAAAGCUCUUGCGAGGUUUUGAUAGGACACGUCCAAAACGCUCACUAUUCACUAUACAAAAAAAAAAAAAAAACUAAUAAUGUUUUCAUUGAAGGUAGCGCGGAAAAUUUUCUAUUGAUGUAUUGUAUCAAUAAUAAAUGUUUAUAUAUCGGUGUAACAUUAUAUAACCAUCCAUAAAUUCAUAAUUCAUAAUGUAUUCAUAUAGCAUACGAUUGGGAAAAUUAUAAUUUUUAGUUCACAUUGAUUACAAACUACUCAACCGUUUCAUUGCCUGUGUGUUACAACACCAUUCAAAUUAAUUUCUCAUUAGAAUAAAUUCGUUGUCA